CUUUACUCACUGCAAAAACGUUUCCAGCUGCCGGUGAAGGAAGAUUAAAAGAUACUUUUCAAUCCAGUAUUGAUAUGAUCUCAUGGAUCCCAGACCAAAAAGGAAUCUUUUACCUAACUUCAUCCGAUUCAUCUGGUGGUACAAAUACAGAUUUGGGUUAUAAGGUUCGGUAUCAUGCUUUGCGUACCGAUAAUGCAAACGAUCUUACCGUUUUUGAUUCAAAAGAUGAGCUGCGACAGGAUUGAACAAGCAAAAGACAUUUGAUGAUGCCCUAGCAAUUUUACAGGACCUCGUUAACCGAAAAGUCUGCUUACCAGGGAAGAUCAUUUUAGACGGCGAGUCUGCAGGAGGUAUGGCAGUGGGGGCAGUGAUGAAUCAAGACGUAAAAGGAUUGAUUGGCGCUGCUUUUAUGACCAGACCAAUCUGUGAUGUUUUUCAAUUAGAAUUACGCAGUACGAUUGGAGCUGGCAAUUUUGAAGAAUUUGGCGAUGUAAGAACUCCACAAGGAUUUGAUUCCGUUUUUUCUUGGUCACCAUUACAGAACAUUAAUCCGAAAAAGCAGUAUCCAGCUGUUCUUCUAUUACCAGGUUCUGCGGACGAAACCGUUCCCCCUUCUAGCAGUUACAAAAUGUUGGCUCAGCUACAACACGAUCAUCCCACCAACAACUUACCUCUUCUGCUUUACGUCGUUCCUGAAGCUGGACAUACAUCUCGAACAUUGACCGAAAGUGUUUAUAUGUUUUGCGUCAUGGAAGAGUCUUUGGGCAUUACGUGGAGAAAGGCUCAAAGUUGA